AUGAGUGAAAUAGGGCACUCUGGAACCCGUUAUUCAAGUAGAGAUAAGUCCAAAAGAGUAAUGAUGAAUUCCAUGGCAGAAGCAGCAGGAGAAUACGAAUACACCACUCUUAAGCAACAACCGAUUCCAGAAUUUGGAUCUAACGGUGAGGUCUCAAAUCGCAUUGAUCAAUCCGAUGGUAUGGUUAACCAAUUUUCCGAUAAUCCAAACUCAUUAUACGACGAAACGACAUUCACAGGAGAUACAACCUCACAAGCUGGACUGACUGAGCAAACAUCAUGGCAAUCGUCGGGAUACAUCUCAAUGUCUGAUGAAGGCUUGAGGCAAAAUGGAGACAUACUCCAUGAUCAUCACGAUCAUCACCUAAUGGCUCUACACUCACAAGAUGGAUUGGGGUAUGUACAACCAUUUGAUAUGUCGGCAAGCAUGGUGGGAGGUUAUGUACCAGAUACGCACGAACUUCUACACCAAAAAAUGCUUGAUGUCAGCCAACAGGAUGUCCUACCCUCACAUUCCAUGCAGAUGCCCUUAGAGACGAAUGUAAUCCCAGACCCACCAAGAAGAAUGCUAUCCAAAGGUAGAAAGAACAAAGACGAAGCAAACGAACUCGUCAGAAGAGCUAAAUUGCUACCAAAAGUAAUGGGAGUACGUUACGACGCAAAUCAUCAAUACUGGGUGGCAACAUGGUAUCAAAACAGAAAGAGGAUGGACAGGUAUUUUUCAGUGGGAAGGUUUGGCUUCGAGGAGGCAAGACUGCUUGCAAUAGACUGCAGAAAAACAGCUGGCAAGAGCCUUCAAGGAAAGAGUUAUGACAGACCUUCAUACUCGAAAGAAGGAAAGUCACGCUCUUACGAUUCAGUUGAGAAACACUCCGACUAUUACAACUCAGAAGACAUGAACAAGAAAAGCAAGGACUUCAACCGACUCAACGUGUCGAAGGUCGCACUGAACUACAUUCUCUCCGACCUUUGCAACAACUGUCUUCCAACAAUCCUUGAAAACAAUCACAUGCCAGGAGAGCUAUACAUUCACUGCUAUAACAAAAUAUCUGAUCACCUUCAGAUGAUAAUCACAGCCAGCCAAUCUGAAGACAUCGAGAAGUACCUCCAUCUCUUCCAGCUUUGUAUUCAAAACAGGGUUCUACCCAGCGCCCUCCAGGUCCAAGAACAGCGAGCAAUGAUCACCACACUCUGCCAGAUGUAA